AUGGCCCACGCCGCACGCAAAAGGAUGCACCAGAGCGCUGACGAUGUUUCAGAGGCAACACCUUUGCUAGAAAGGUCGGCGAGAAAGACGGAGGAGGGUCGUAAUCAGCGUUCUGAAGGCAGAACGAGCACCAGACGACUCCGGACUCAGCCAUCAUUGGAGAAGAAAACCACUCUCCGACUACGACUCCGACAGGAGUACUUUGAUCCUGGGCCCGUAGAGCCUUGGUGGACGUCUCUUUCAACGCCCAAUCCAGAUGGCGAGGGGCGAGGACACAAGCAGCUAAAGGAGAACGCCGACAGAGAACAAGCUCGACUCGGCUGGAUGCAGCGACUGCGCCCUAAACCUCAUCGACGACUCUCUUAG